GGAUUGCUGGGAAGAAGAAGGAGGGUGUCGAGGUUGGGACUUUGGAGAGUGAGAUAUAGGCACAGCCAGACUCAAAAGAUCUGUUGCAUCUUCACACAGUGGCCUCAACAGCUGCCGUCACCAUGAUGGAGGAUGAGAUCAACGAAGACCGAGCCAAGCUGAAGCAGGGCGUGGUCAAAGUGCUGCAGUGCGUGGCCACCAUCUCCUCGGCAGCGGCCGUGGUCAACCCCAUUUUUGGUGUGGCCGGCUCUUUGAUCCGGGUGGUGCUGCACCACGUCGACGACGAGGAGAUCCGCACCCUGAAGCGCGAGUUCGGCUCGGUCCACCGGGCUCUGGACCAGCUCUCCCAGCAGAACCGCAACACGCUAGUUCAGAUCAAGAAGGAAACGCUGGACGGCCAGUACUGCCGCGUGGAGGAGAACCUGAAGAACCAGUUCAGGAAGUUCAUGGAGAUGGUGGAGGCACGACCGGAGCACCGUGAACGCAAGAAGGAAGACUUCGAGCAGAGUUACGCCGACGACCUGGGUGACCAGAACCUGCACACGCUCUACGACGGCGUGGUGGGCAAACCCAAGCUCUUCAGCAGACCCAUCCUGGAGGUCUACCUGAAGCACUCGCAGGGCGACCGCAGCACGAUGGACCAACUCUGCACGCGCCUCACCUACCUGUUCUGCAUCGGCCUCAUCGCCCUCAUGGGCUUCUCCGCCAUCAUCAGGGACGACGAGGAGGGGCUGAGCGAGGAGUGGGCCGAGAAGAUGGAGCACGUGCAGGAAAAGAUGCAGGAGGCUCUAAGCAGGUGCAAGUGAAAGAGGAGAGAGAGUUCUUCAUACGUAGGAGUCGCAUGUCCUCAUUCCUGCUGUAACUCUGGCUCUUUCUCUCCUAUAGACUGUGCAGACGUCUCCUUUCACCGCUUUAUCGUGACAUUAACGACACUUUCUCCUCAUCAAAACACACUUUUAUCACUUACUGCAGAUAUGAGACGUUUGUUUUGCUGGUUUUACAUCAGGAUUGGCUAAAAUUCAGUUUAUUCCUGACAGGAUCCAACACUAACGGCUAAAUUUAAUAUACUCUGCCGUCACUGCGAGCAGAUUAACCUACGUUGUUAAAGAAAUCUGACACUAACAGGCUUUUAUAAGUUUUUUUUAUUUAAAUAAGAGUUUAUUCCUGCUUUACUGUGGGUCUUUGUGGUAUAUAACCUCCUUAUAUGCACUUUCUAAAAGUAAAAAAUUAGCCAUUUGUUGCAGCUUUCUGGAAAAUAUCUAAAUAUUACACUACAAAAGACUUAGCAUGAUGGGGUGGGAACACUACAGCUAUAUAUAUAUAUAUAUAUAUAUAUAUAUAUACACAGCAAUGAGUAUCCAAACGUUUGCAGAACUAUGAAUGUACCAGUGCUAUAAUCCUAAUGAGCUCCAUGCAGUCAUACUGUUGUGCACGUAAUCACCUGGUGCCACAUACAGUAUAUUUAAUUCUUCACAACACUUUAAAAAAUAUUUGACACUAACAUUUGAGAUGCUGCUGUGCUGAGUUCUGUCUUGGAGGAAUGCUUCCAUUAUUUUCACUCCUGUUCUCUAACGUGCACUGAAACCUUUUAUUAAUACAGAAUAAAUACAAAGUGUUGCAUAUGUUGGAUUAUUAGUCACUAUUUGAGGUUUUUUGUUGGUAGUGUCGUUCCUCUUCAGACCAACAGUGCCUAAAUGUGCCAGUAGGUUUAUUUUAUUUUUACUUUUACUAUUUGGGGAUUUUUUUCAUAAUAAUCAUCCAUCCAUCUGUUUUCUUACUGCUUAUCAUAAUAAUGAUUUUUAAUUAUCAUUUAUCAAUAAUGUGUAAAUCUUAAUGUUUGCAUGAACACUGCAGUUCGUACGUAAACCUAGAACAAUAUUAUGUCUGCUUUUUUUUCUUUAGCAAACUGGUGUCAGCAGCAUCACAUGAUUUCAUUCAUAGCAUCCGAUUCUGUUAAAUAGAAAAAAUAGAAAUGAACUAAACAUAUUGAUUAAGCAAUCAGCAGUCGGUUUUAUAUCUAACUCAACCUGCUCUCCCCACACGUGACUCUGUCUGAAACCAGGUUUGUGCUUCUGUCUCAUAUUAUUGUUACAACACUAAGCAGCCCAGAUGCUCCUGAUAUGGAGGAAAUUAUACGGAAACUUGAAGGCUUUUUGAAACGUCAUAUGUGUGAAUAUUUAGCUUUUUUUGUUAUGGUUUUAAUGCUUGGAUGUAUAUGCAUCUAUAUAAAUAAACAGGUGAAAAUAA